AUGAGUCUCUUCCAGAAGGGACUCGGUGCUCAGGCGUCUGCGUUUGCGAGACCGCGACCGAUCACCCCCGGAGUCCGAUCACCGCUGCGGCGAGUGCGACAACCUCGCCGGCACAAUUCCUCGCAGCCCUCGAAGCCCGAACCACCUGCAGAAGGCAAGAUCGUUGAAGAUGGGUCGCCGGUGAACAGCAAUGCGCCUACGAAGCCCUCUCAGUCGAACGCCCCGUCCUCAUCCCCGUCACCGUCACAAUCGCCCUCGGCUACCCCCUCGGCCCAGCCAGUGAAUACCGCUGCCGGCGCUGCAGGUGCAGCGACUACACCGGCUGCUGCGAAUGCUGUCGCCAAAAGGGGACUACGCAAUAUCAUCAGCGAGGGUCCGUUGGGACGGCUGGGGAGGUGGUAUUCCCGCGUGCAGGAGCGGAAGCCCUAUACGACGCAGGUGUACAGUUCGGUGGUCAUUUAUCUAUGCGGAGACUUGAGCGCGCAAUUCCUUUUCCCUUCAGAGGCACCUCCGCCUGCAAAGGGCGAGCAGGAUGAGUCCAAAAACGAGGAUGAGAAGGAAGAGCGGCGUGGUGGAUAUGAUCCAUGGAGAACGGUGCGACACCUGAUCGUGGGAACAGGGUCCAGCAUCCCGUCAUAUAACUGGUUCAUGUUCCUCCAUAACCACUUCAACUACCCAUCUAAGAUCCUCUCUGUCUUGACCAAGGUUGUCGUCCAGCAGAUGUGCUUCACGCCCGUAUUCAACACAUACUUCUUCAGCAUGCACUCCCUCCUGGCCGGCGCGACUCUAGAAGAAACCUGGGAGCGGCUGAAGAAGGCUCUCCCCGUCAGCAUCACCAACAGUGUCAAGCUCUGGCCGGCCGUGACAGCUUUUAGCUUCAUGUACGUGCCGGCGCAGUUCCGCAACGUCUUCUCUGGAGUCAUUGCGGUCGGUUGGCAGACCUACUUGAGUUGGUUGAACCAGAAGGCCGCGCGCGAAGUCCUAGCGGCCGAGCUUGCGGCUGAGAGUGCAUCUGCUGCUGCGUCGCGACCGAUGACUGGGAAUAUGGCCCCUGCAGCGGGCACGGCAUGA